GUACUCUGCGCAGCGUCAGACGCCUGCGCACAACGCCUCCUCUGUGCUGGGACUGGAUAGUCAUCCAAGGAAACAACGAUGCAGGGUGCUCGCCAGCUCAUGAAGGUGUACGUGACAAGAAGAAUUCCACAAGAGGGACUGAAGGUGCUAACAGAGGCUGGAGUGUGCAAGGUGUCCAUGUGGGACUCUGACGAGCCUGUGCCCAGGGCGGAGCUUUUGAAGGGCGUGUCUGGGGCCCACGGGUUGCUGUGCCUACUGUCAGAUCGCAUCGACACCGAGGUGCUGGAUGCAGCAGGGCCUAGCUUGAAGGUGAUCAGCACUUUAUCUGUGGGCUUUGACCACAUAGCCAUCAAUGAAAUCAAAAAACGUGGAGUACGAUUGGGGUACACUCCGGAUGUUCUCACUGAUGCCACUGCGGAGCUGACCGUCGCCCUUCUGCUAGCCACCGCGCGGAGGCUGCCAGAGGGGGUGCAAGAGGUCAAGAGUGGUGGCUGGAGCACAUGGAAGCCCCUUUGGCUGUGUGGUUACGGUUUGUCUGGCAGCACAGUUGGUGUCAUCGGUCUUGGGCGCAUAGGUCUGGCCAUCGCCCGUCGUCUGAAGCCUUUCGGAGUGAAGAGGCUGCUGUACUCCGGACGGUCCGCCAAGCCCCAGGCCGCAGAGGUGGAGGGAGAGUACGUGCCCCUGGACACGCUGGUGACUGAGAGUGACUUUGUUGUGGUGUCCUGCUCCCUCACCUCCGACACCCAGGGGCUGUGUGACAAGGCCUUCUUCAGUAAGAUGAAGAGCAACGCAGUCUUCAUCAACACCAGCAGAGGGACUGUGGUGAACCAGGAGGACCUGUACGAGGCUCUGUCCAGCGGUCAGAUCGCCGCGGCUGGCUUGGACGUCACCACACCCGAGCCCCUGCCAACUGACCAUCCGCUGCUGACUCUCAAAAACUGUGUGAUCCUUCCCCACAUUGGCAGCGCCACCUACUCCACCCGGGGAAUCAUGGCAGCACUGUCAGCCAACAAUCUACUGGCGGGGGUGAUGGGAACAGCCAUGCCCAGCGAGCUUAUACUCUAGCAUCCUCUUCUGUCCACUGACUACCUAGCAGUGUUCUUUAUAUAAUUUCCUUUUUCCUGUUCAUGAGACUUGGAGCUUGAAGGAACUGCAGUCAGUACCUAAGAGAGAGUUAAUUUUUAUUCUUGGCGGAUUUUAGGUCAAGAAAGGAUGUUUAUAGAUCAUAGACAGUAACAGAGCAUAAACUAGAUUGUACAUUGCAUUAUAUUAUUGACAUUUGGCAGACGCUCUUAUCCAGAACGACAUACAGUUGAUUAGCAGGAGACAAUCUUCCCCUAGAGCAAUGCAGGGUUAAGGGAUUAAGAUCUAGAGCCUGUGAGUAUUGUGGGUCCUGGUGAAGUCUGUAAAUUGCUGUGAGGAAGAGGAUGAUGAGGACUGAACAUGCCUGCUGUCUCCAGAGAAUAAUGAUUGUCAGUAAUGAUUCUGUGCAUUUCUUUCCAUUGAGAAAUGCAGACUUUCAACUGCUAGUGCAAUCUUGUGCCAAUGUCCAGUAGAAGCCACUGUUACUGUAGAGAACUCCUAAUUUAAUCUCUUUCGCAUCUGCCUUGACUGUGUAAGAGGUGAAUAAAAUGCAGUUAGUUCUGUUAAUGCUUUCAUAUAUGAUUUUGAUGAUCUGCCUCCAACUGAGUCUCAAAUCAAGCAAGAAUAUUCUCUUGAUUUUCCAUCCUUAUUCCAAUUUCUAAAUUAAAAUAAUAUAUGGUACAUAUAUUUAAAAUUUGGUCACAUUUUUAUACAAAGUGAGCAUAUUUCAUCUAUUAAUCUAUCACAUGCUACAUAAGAUACCUGAUUUACUUGGGCCUUUAGAAGGUAGCAUUUACAUCCCUACAUUUGAUUCCUGUAUUUAACAUUGUCUUUAAAAUGUCUCUUUUUAAAAAAUAAAUUUUUAAAGAUA